UGAAUCGUAGUCUUCAAGUUGCUGUGGAGAAGAAAAAAGUAGCUGCAGAGAAGGUCCGUAAGUUGGAGGCAGCAUCAGUUCAAAUUGCUGCACGACGUAAUGCGGCAGUGUCCGAUUUAGAGCGGGAGACACGCAAAGUUGAUUACGGGAGGGGGAAAUUUUAGUAUGUCAAUGAGUCCUAUGUGUAUGUCUACGCCUAGCUACGUCUAUGCAUCAUGUUCUGUGACAUGGAAACACUGCCGGAUCUCGUCUCUACGGUCAUCAUGGACGAUGAUAACGAGGGCCACAGCAUCCAUCGCCUCAAAGUGAAACUCAAGAGUAGAAUUUGUGCUUGCUUGUUGUCCUCCUCGUCUUUGUUACACUUUCCACGCGCACCUGGAGGCACCUGGAGUUGGUGUAGUAACGACACUUCUAACCACAGGAGCGGGAGCAACUGCUUGCUGCGGUUGAAGGGUUUGGGUUAGAGUGUUGCGAAAAAGAGAAUUCUUCCACCCAAAGAACUUCUCGCACACUUGCAGCGGAGUCGCUCAUGGGCGCAGCACUUCUAGUUAUGAUACAUCGUCUUCGUCUCUUCGUCUUCACCAAGUUGUACAACUUACUAGUGCUCGUUUCUUGCCGUUGUACAUCAAUGAGAAAAAUAUAAUGAUCGUCCUCGCGCCAGUGGUCAAUGACAAUAAUUCCAAGAAUUCGUCAUCAACUUCGCAGCAUCGCUCUAAUUCCCUCUACGCGGACACACUCGGCAUUUCUGAAAGCGCAGUGCGAGCAGAGGUACGGCGUGAACAUGGUGCGACAAGUCCGUCGAAUUUCAAGGCAGAGCCAAACCAAGAGAAAGACACUAUCGAUGCAGACUCUCUGCAUACAAUCAAC